UGUGGAGUGCCAUUUAUAAACAGUGAGAGGGCAUAGGAAAACAGUCAGUGGUUCCCCUGAGACACACAGACAGACACAGAGACAGACACACAGACAGACGCUCGUCCCCAGACUCUACAGAACACAGAUCAAUCCCUAUCUGACUGAGAGGCAUGUCCUCCUCCUCUCUUCUGUGGUGCCUGCUGGUGGUGUGUGUUCUGGCUGUGGUCCAGAUCUAUGCAGCAGAGGAACGUAAGGUCCUCAAGGUGUUCAACCUCAGAGCCAGCGACCUGAACAGCGGCUUGUUCCAGACCCCUGAUGCCUACGUCAAGGUGUUCAGUGGCGCCGGCUACGGUGGGAAGACAGAGGUAAAGACCGACAACCAUGACCCCUGGUGGAAGGAGGACUUCAACUUCUUCAACGUCCGUGAGAACGACCCGCUGAGGCUGGAGGUGUACGACUCCGACGUGCUCUUCGACGACCUGCUGGGGACCUGCGAGCGCUCCAUCAAGAAUGGAACUUGGCAACAUAGCUGCUCCAUCAAGAGGGGAGGGACGCUGUAUUACUCCUACACCCUAGAGCCCCUACAGUAGACCCUGUACUACUCCUACACCCUAGAGCCUCUACAGUAGACCCUGCACUACUCCUACACCCUAGAGCCUCUACAGUAGACCCUGCACUACUCCUACAUCCUAGAGCCUCCACAGUAGACCCUGCACUACUCCUACACCCUAGAGCCCCUACAGUAGACCCUGCACUACUCCUACACCCUAGAGCCUCUACAGAAGACUCUGUACUACUCCUACACCCUAGAGUCCCUACAGUAGACCCUGUACUACUCCUACACCCUAGAGACCCUACAGUAGACCCUGUACUACUCCUACACCCUAGAGCCUCUACAGUAGACCCUGUACUACUCCUACACCCUAGAGCCCCUACAGUAGACCCUGUACUACUCCUACACCCUAGAGCCCCUACAGUAGACCCUGUACUACUCCUACACCCUAGAGCCUCUACAGUAGACCCUGUACUACUCCUACACCCCAAGCCUAGAGUAAUGUCCCACUUCUCAUCCACAACAAUCUGUCAAAACUCUGACCUCACUCUGAUUCCAAACACCCUCAACACCAGCGUUUCCCAAUCCCGGUCCUGGGCACUAACACACCUGUUUCAACUAAAGGCUUGAUGAUGACUUGAUUAGUUGAAUCAAGUGUGUUAGUGGAGUGCUAGGGCAUAACCCAAAACGUGCUCCUCUUUGAGUCCCCUAGACACAGCUCUAAACUGUGUUCUGAAUCACAACAGACACAUGUACCUAGUUUCCCCCUCCUCCUCACUCUGAUCUCAUGGUCCUCAGUUUAGACAUCAAUAAAACAACUGUUUUUCAGCAUAA